AAAUAACCCAGAAAGCUGCUAUCAAAACUGCGAUCAUGGCUUCCUCAAUUAAAUCGGCUUUGCUUGUCAUUGACAUGCAGAACUUCUUUACCACCAUGACCGAAGGUGCCCUUCCGCAAGUUCAGACUCUAAUUCGCCACUUCAACUUAAUUAACCUCCCUGUCAUAUUCACUCAACAUGGACAUGAUGAAGCCGACUUGUUAGGACCGCCUUAUCUCAGUCAACUUGUUCAAAAAUGGGGAGUGGAUGGAAGUAUUCAUUUAGGCUCAAAAGAUUGGGAAUUGCAGGCACCAAUUAAAGACCUAAUGAAGGAAGAAUUCGAUGUUCAGAUUGUGAGGAAGAACACAUAUGAUGCAUUCAUCAAUACUGAUCUGGACGAGCGUUUGAAGAGUAUGAAGGUGGAGAGAGUGGUAGUUUGCGGUUGCAUGACUGACUGUUGUGUCGAUACGACGGCGCGUGGGGCAUUCAAUCGAGGCUGGGAAACGUGGCUUGUCCAAGAUGCUUGUGGUAGUGCAAACAAGGCUCAACACGAGGUAGGAUUGGAAGGAUUUAGCUUUGCUUUCGGGGAUAUUGUGACUACAGCAGACGCCGUUAAGUGUUUUGUACCUAUAUCCUAGGUACCUAGCAGCCUAGUAGGUUUAGGCGAGUAUGUUCAAAGGGACAAGCCUAUCAUACAAAUGCCAGAGAUUCCC